AUUAAGAUGUUCGGGGUGGAAUAGAUAAUCACGAGAACGAGGAGAGUUAGAAGAAAUACUAAUUGCUGUUUGGUAGAUAGUAUUACGAGUUUUAGAAGAGAAAGAUGGGAAUGGAAUGAGAAUGAAAAUAGGAAGAGGAAUGGAAUAGGGAAAAACAGGAUAAUGAGAUAGAAAUAAUGAAUGGAAUAUGAGAUUGGAAAUAAUAAGAAUGAAUAGAGAAUGGGAUUUUCAAUAUAUUAGUCGGUAGAGGAGAGAGAAUACGCGAUUAAGAUGUUCGAAUCGGUAUGGAAUAGAUAAUCACGAGAAGCAGAAGAGUUAAAAGAAAUACUGAUUGCGGUUUGAUGGUUUUUCAGAGUUAGAAGAAGAAGGGUUACUAGAAAUAUAUGUAACAAUAAAUACAACGGGUUUUCGAUACAUUAGUCGGAAGAGGAUAGAGGAUACGAGAUGGAAUAGAUUGAUUGAUUGAUAGUUUAUUGUUGAUCACGAGAAGGAGAGGAGUUAGAAGGAAUACCGGUUGCUGUUUGGUAGUUAUUAGAGUUAGAAGAAUUAUAUGGGUUACGAGAAUUAUAUAUAACAAGAAAUACUGCUUUUUGGUAAAUUAAUCAGAAGAGGAGAGAGGAUACACAAUAAAAACGAUCGGUAUAGUUUAAAUAAAUACUGAGUGUUGUUUGGUAGAUUGUAUUUGGGAGUCAGAAUUAAGAGUUAGAUGGGUCACGAGAAAGAGAAGUUAUAUACAAGAAAUAUUGAAGUUUGGUAGAUACUGAUUAGGAAUUUGAACAAGAGGAGAGGAGGAAUUAGUUAUAAGAAAUGCGGAUUGCUUAAUGGUUGCUAUUAGGAGUUAUUAAAGAAAAUGAAUUAUAUGAAAUACUGAUUUUCGGUAUAUAUGAAAAGUCAGAGAAAAAGAGGAGUUGCAAGAAAUACUGAUGCAUAUAAGAACCCAGUAAAACAUGAAAAAGAAUGAGAAGGCAGCUCGAACAUACCCGCCCAAGCCAGAGCCACGGUUACGCCUCGGGACGCAAUGUUUACCUCCCACCGCCUCUUCAACCAAGACCAAGACCAACAACACUGAACCGAGAAAACAAUCUAUUAUAACAAAUCUGGACGGAAAGGAACAAGAGUAUCAGGUAACUGCAAACCAUCAGACAGCCGCAGAACAGCUGAGGAAUAAACCAGUGUAAAUAAACAGAGAAAAAAUGGAAGGUUUAAAGUGCGCCGUUACAAAGACGGAACUCGGCUGUCAACACAAGAAGAGGAGCCCCGCCGCUGCCCCGCCGUAGACUCCGCCGUCCAAGGAGAAGGCCACGAAGGCUCCCCACACCCCGCCGCGCCGCCCCAUGCUGACCCCGCCUCGCCGCCCUGGCCGCUGACAACAUGGAGAUAGUGCCGUUCCUGGCCGCGGUGGGGCUGGUGCACGCCGCGCUGUACUUCACCGAUCAGUUCCUCAAGAGCUGCAUGAACGUGCCAUACAUUUACUUCCUGGAGAAUGUGGGGCUGUGGGUGAAGCCGCUGCAGCUGCACUGGUUCACCACCGCCUUCAACCGCUCCGUCACCAAGUGGGCGCUGUGGAGGCCGCGUUUCUUCAGGGCGUGGUUCAGUGUGGGUGCAGUGGUGGUGGGUCUGCUGCUGCUGCCCUCACUCUUCCUCCUCAUCAGCGGCCUGGCCAACCACCUCAGGCCGACACAGGUGCAGGCCGUGGCCACGCUGCAGCCCAUGGUCCCUGGGCUGAAUAUCCCGAUGCAGGAGCUUCCCUACUACUUCGUCACGCUCCUGCUCGCCUCCAUCAUCCACGAGGCCGGACACGCCUUUGCUGCCGUCCAGGAGGACGUUCGUGUCAAUGGCUUUGGCUUCCUCCUCAUGUUCAUCCUGCCGGGCGCCUACGUUGACGUGCCCACUGAGGAGAUCCGCGCCCUCACACCCUUCAGGCAGCUCAAGGUCCUGUGUGCGGGGGUGUGGCAUAACAUUGUCCUUGUGUUGGCGGCAGUGGGCCUGGGUCUGUCCGCGCCCUACCUACUGCAGCCUCUCUACUACCAGGGCAGGGGGCUCAGCGUGAUUGCCAUGACCCAGGACUCCCCGGCGAGAGGGUUGACAGGGCUUGAGGUCGGGGACGUGAUCACAGCCGUCAACAGGAAGGCGGUGGUGAGCGUGGAGGAGUGGCGCCGCGCCCUCACAGCCAGCGCCACACAGGACCAGGCCGGCUUCUGUGUCCCCGAGGCUGUGGUGCACGACCAUGACGAGACUGUGCAGCAUGCCUUCGAGGGCCUGGAUGGGUCGGUGCAGUGCUGUGAGGGGGACAGCGAGGCCCACCUGUGCUUUGAGCUGCUGGAGAACAGGGAGGCGGACGUGGGUGUGGCCUCCAUGCACCCGUUCUCCUGCCUCCCUGCCCGCCUUGCCAUCUCCAAGAGCGGCGAGGCGUGCGUCAGCUCCGCCACAUGCCCCACGGACACUCACUGCUUGGCGCCCUCCCUCAAGAACACAACACGACUGGUCCAGAUCAACCGUGGGGCGAGGGACGGCAAUGCGGGCGGCGGGGGCGGAAUCGGAACAGAGCAGGAGGAUGUGCUGUACCUCGGGCCGCCAGCGUACCUCUACCACACUGUCACCGUCACGAGCUAUGUCUCCAAGUACUCGUUCCUCUCCGCGUCCUGGCCUAACACGCUCGAAAUCUACUGCGACUACAUGGUAAAAUUUUCCGGGGCCUUGGCGGUGCUGAACAUGGUGCCGGUUCUGUAUCUCGAUGGGUACUGGAUCUUCGGGGCUGUCAUUGACCUCUUCCUGGCGGGGCGCUGCGACAACGUGACCCGGAAAGUCGUGCAUGUGGUGACGACUCUCUUGGGAAGUGUUCUGCUCUUUGCUAAUAUCGCGCUAGGGGUGUGGAGCUUGUUGUGAGGGAGGGAGAGUGUGUAGGCUUGUUAGAGGGGGUGUGUAGCUUGUAAGGUGUGUGAGGGUGUGUGUAGGCUUGUCAGAGGGGGGUGUAGCUUGUGUGUGUGUGUGUGUGUGUGGGAGUGUGUAUGUAGGCUUGUGAGAAGUGAUUUGUAGCUUGUAAGUGAUGUGUAUGUAUGUCUGUGUGUAUGCAAAGUUUCACAAGGGUAUGACAAGACUACAAGAGGUCAGUCAGUAGUCUAAUAUAUCCUAGUAAGUCCUUGUAUGUAUUCUAAGGCUGCAGGAAUGAAUGUAUAUGUGUGAGUAUGUGUGUGUGUGUGUGUGUGUGUGUGUGUGUGUGUGUGUGUGUGUGUGAACUUGUGAGGGGAGGGAAGAGUGGGUUUAAAGAAAGACUGUCAGAGAGAGAGAGAGAGAGAGAGGUUGUAAUAUAUGUAAUGUAAGGGAGAAUAUAUGUGUGUUUGUGUGUGUAUGUAUAUGUUGAAUGACUGUAAAAUAUAUGAUGUGUGUGUAUAUAUUCUGAAGUUGUAUGUGUGUAUGUGUGUGGAGUGUACUGUGAAUAAGUUACGAGUGUGUGUGUGUAUGUGUGUGUUAGCGACGGCGUAUACUUCUGUAAAAAUACGAAAACAAAUGUACAUCUAUAUAUAUCGAGACCUUAUUACUGUAUAUGUAUUCCGAGGUUACGUACAAGAGGUGAUCAUCUAACGUAAGACUAAGCACUAAUGUAUAUAGCUCCUGCCACUGUGAGAAAGAUUGUGUACUGGGUGACAACGGCAAUGGGAGGGGACCUGAUUGUGUGCCAUGAAGGGGGAGGGUGAGGAGGAGGAGGAGCAGUGUUAAAAAAGGUAAAGAUGAGAAGAGUGCGUUGAGAAGUAGUCCUUGUUCUCUGCCAUGUUUUGCUGAUUAUAAGAAAGGAUGAAGUUAACCCAUCCGCUGUGACGCACGGAUUUCGCCCUCACUGGUAGCCUGGUAACAUACACUCCCAGGUCUUUCUCUGGCUCUGUGGUGGAUAGUGGGGUGUUUCCCAUGUGGUAUUGGUGUGCUGGAUAUCCCUUCACUGGUAGCCUGGUAACAUACACUCCCAGGUCUUUCUCUGGCUCUGUGGUGGAUAGUGGGGUGUUUCCCAUGUGGUAUUGGUGUGCUGGAUAUCCCUUCACUGGUAUCCUGGUAACAUACACUCCCAGGUCUUUCUCUGGCUCUGUGGUGGAUAGUGGAGUGUUUCCCUUGUGGUAUUGGUGUGCUGGAUAUCCCUUCACUGGUAGCCUGGUAACAUACACUCCCAGGUCUUUCUCUGGCUCUGUGGUGGAUAGUGGAGUGUUUCCCAUGUGGUAUUGGUGUGCUGGAUAUCCCUUCACUGGUAGCCUGGUAACAUACAGUCCCAGGUCUUUCUCUGGCUCUGUGGUGGAUAGUGGAGUUUUUGGUAUUGGUGUGCUGGAUAUCCCUUCACUGGUAGCCUGGUAACAUACACUCCCAGGUCUUUCUCUGCCUCUGUGGUGGAUAGUGGGGUGUUUCCCAUGUGGUACUGGUGUGCUGGAUAUCCCCUCCCAAGGUGCAGGACUUUACAUUUUUCUUCACUGAAUUGUAGCAGCCACUUUUUGUUCCAUUCCUGUAGCUUGGUGAUGUCUUCUUGUAGGAAAUACGCAUCCAAGGGGUUAAAGAGGAGGAUAGACUUGGAAUAAAUGAAAGAAAGGAAGGAUUGGACAGUGAGAGGGGUGACACGCAAAGAAAUGUAUAGUGCAUUGUUCCUCAUUUUCUGUCCAUAGUCUUUUGGAUGUAUAGAAGGAUGGCAUUAACAAGGACAGUGUGUUGGGAUAUCAGGAAAUCAAAAAGGAUGAGACAGUGCAAGGGGUGACUUAUGCAAGGAAGUGUAUAGAGAAACAUCCCUUGUACUCUUGCAAUGCUUGUAUGGGUGUAUAGAAGGAAAGGAAAAUUAUACCACAAAGAGAGUGUUGAAAUGUAUGAAGGAGAGAGAGUACGGGGCAGUGCAAGGGGUGACUUAGGCAAGGAAGUGUAUAGAGAAACAUCCCUUGUACUCUUGCAAUGCUUGUAUGGGUGUAUAGAAGGAAAGGAAAAUGAUACUAGAAAGAGUGUUGAAAUGUAUGAAGGAGAGAGAGUACAGGGCAGUGCAAGGGGUGACUUAGGCAAACAAGUGUGUAGAAAAAUAUCCCUUGUACCCUUCCCAGUGCUUUUAUGAAUGUCUAGAAGGAAGAAGUUAAAGAAAAGGACAGUUUGAGAGGGAAGGAAGGGACAGUGAGAGGGGUGACUCACAUAUCCAAGGAAAUGUAUAGAGAAAUAUCCCUUGUACUCUGCCCAAUGCUUAUAUGAGUGAAUAGAAGGGAAGGAAACUUAUAUAUGAAGAGCAGAUUGUUGAAGUACCAGAAACACGGGAAGAAUGGAACAGUGUGAGACAGGGCGAUUGACAUAUGCAAGCAAGUGUAUAGAGAAACAUCCCUCGCCCUCUGCCAUUGCUGGAAAAGAUGUAUUGAGGGGUGAUUUUAAUGAUAAGGGUAGAAAGUUGAAAUACGUGAAGGAGAGAGAGGAAAAAAUGUGGCUGAGUGGUUAGCGUGCCAGCCUCGGAUUCGCUGCGUUGUCCAUGAUGUGGGUUCGAAUCUUCCGCUAACCACCUGGGAUUCUUCCGUCACCGCCGAGUGGCCUAAGACUACCCACAUGCUGUCCUGAAGACCACUCAUCAACCCGGACUCUAGAAGAAGCUGUACAGUGCAAGUGAAAUCAAGAAUGAGCUCCGGGGGUCAGCAUGAGGCCAAUAAUAAUGGCGCCACUAUAAACAGUUGCCUGUGUCGUGAUGGGCUCGGGUCAACCAUCAGGCCUACCAGCGCUAUCGGUCACUUGUAAAUAAAAAGGAAAAAAAAGAAGUGUCUAGAGAAAUGUCCCUAAUCGCCAAUGCUUUUAUGAAUGUAUAGAAGUAAAGGAAGACAUUGAUAAAAAGGAGAGUGUUAAGAUACAUGAAGGAAGGAGAGGAAGAAUGGGGCAGUUCAAGGGGUGACUAACACAAGGAAGCAAGUGUUUAGAUUAAUGUCCCUAAUCGCCAAUGCUUUUAUGAGUGUACAGAAGUAAAGGAAGAUGUUGAUAAGCAGGAGAGAGUGUUAAGAUACAUGAAGGAAGGAGAGGAAGAAUGGGACAGUUCAAGGGGUGACUGAUAUAUGCAAGCAAGAGUAUAGAAAAACGUCCCUAAUCACCAAUGCUUUUAUGAAUGUAUAGAACCAAAUUAAGACGCUGAUAAAAAGGAGAGAGUGUUAAGAUACAUGAAGGAAGGAGAGGAAGAAUGGGGCAGUGCAAGGGGUGACUGAUAUAAGCAAGCAAGAGUAUAGAAAAACAUCCCUAAUCGCCAAUGCUUUUAUGAAUGUAUAGAAGUAAAGAAAAACACUGAUAAAAAGGAGUGUUAAGAUACAUGAAGGAAGGAGAGGAAGAAUGGGACAGUUGAAGGGGUGACUGAUAUAUGCAAGCAAGAGUAUAGAAAAACGUCCCUAACCGCCAAUGCUUUUAUGAAUGUAUAGAACCAAAUUAAGAUGCUGAUAAAAAGGAGAGUGUUAAGAUACAUGAAGGAAGGAGAGGAAGAAUGGGGCAGUGCAAGGGGUGACUGAUAUAUGCAAGCAAGAGUAUAGAAAAAUGUCCCUCGCUGCCUCGUGGUAAGCAGUGCAAUCGUGUCCACUGUAAUAUAACGUCCUCUAGUCUGCUCACGGUGCAUCCUGGCGGUGUUGUUAGUGGUGGUGAUGAUGGUGGUGGGGUUGACGGAUUACCUGUGAUGCUGUGUGGUGGAGCGUGUCACAGUAAAGCACAAUAGCUAAUUUUAAGUACACUACAGAUACCAUUGAUUAAGUAACUUAGUGUAUGGCUGUCCGGUGAUGGUGGUGGUGGUGAUGGCAGAACCCUAUACUUACUUUUUUUAGCUUUGUUUUAAUAUUUGAUUGUGACGUGGAAGUGAAUGUUUGUCUAUAACAUUAAGUGCAUAUGCCGUUGAUUAAGUAGUUAAGUGGAUGCCGGGUGAUGGUGGUGGUGAUGGCAGAACCCUAUACUUACUUUUUUUAGCUUUGUUUUAAUAUUUGAUUGUGACGUGGAAGUGAAUGUUUGUCUAUAAUAUUAAGUGCAUAUGCCGUUGAUUAAGUAGCUAAGUGGAUGCCUGAUGAUGGUGGUGGUGACGGCAGAACCCUAUACCAUAACUUCCUUUUCUUAGUGUUUUUUUUAAGUGGUUGAUUGUGAGUGAAGGGAAGUUUGUCCUUAUAAUGGUUCUAUCAAUGGGUAUGUCACUUGAUAAUUGUGUGUUCCCAUGUUGCUUUUUGAAAUGGUUGAGUGUGACAUGAAGUAAAUUUGUUCCUAAAAUGUUUCUGUUAACGCUUAAGGCUUUUGCUGAUCGUGUGUUUUUAUAUUGCGUUUUUACAUGGUCCAUCGUAACGUACAAGUAAAUUCGUCCUCAAACUGGUUCUGUUAAUGCUUAAGUAACUUGUGGAUUAUGUGUUUUUAUAUUGCUUAUUUAAAUGAUUGAUCGUGACAUGCAAG